UCCAAUUUUUAGGAAAAUGGCUGUAAUUUAGCUGAACAAGCAGCAUCCCCAGUGUGCUGAGAGCGACAUCUAGCGACAGUGUACAGCAACAACCAUUUAAACUUGACAACUGACAACUGAACUUGUCGUUUAUCAUCCAAUCCAAUGUUUUUUACACUUUUUCGGUCUUUUCAUGUAUUUUACAUGAAAGUUGUUUUACGUUCAGUGCUGCUAUUUGCUCUUGUAAAUAUUUUUUUGUAAUGCCAUAGAAAAAAAAGACACAACUGAGGGGUUAAAGUCUGUACACAGAAUAAUAAUGACAAAUCACAGUUAAUUUUACAGUCUCUCAGCAGCUCCUUGCCAUCACUGUCACUGGUUAACAUAAACAAUGAGAUAAUACUACAUUUGCCUGAUUAGGAUAAAUAGGUUUUUGAUUAAGGGUGUUUUGUGUUUUAGCACUGUUAUGGUGUUCUGUCUCCGUUGUCUAAAUUCUAUAGACAUUUGAAUGAAAAAUCCACACAAGGACACCACAAACUGCCAGAAUGUGCAAAUAUGCCAUAAAACAUGACAUAAUUCAGUUAUUUCUAGCUAGAAUCAAUAUAAAUUUAUAUGCGACUGAUCCAUCUAUUCCCACAAGGUUGGUGUGUGGAUGUUUAAAUCAACAUUCUUCACUGCUGCCAUUUACAAGCAGUGUUGAAAUGCAGAUUUGUAUGUCCUCCCCAUUAUUACAACUGCACAUUUACUAUAAUGCUAAUAAAAACAACCAUUCACACAAAUUCAGGAUUGUAACCAGGAAUAUUUAGAUCAGUGGUGUAAAUAGAUAUGAUGAAACCAGGACGUCUGAAAAUCAAAAUCACUUUCCCAGUUGCACUUCCUUUGGCGAAAAUGGAAAUAAGUAUGUAAAGCAGUGUCAGCUUUUGCUUGGCUUGUUCCCUUUGUUCGACCGGUAUCACUGCAAAUACUGAGGGGUGAUCGGAGAAUUUACAAAAACACCGCUGACAAACAAUAAACGACAAAAGGACGAUUUAGAUAAUAAUUGUAAUAUAAUUGCGUAUUCGGAAGUCAACAGCCGUUGCUACGUUUCAAAUAAGUAACAUUUAUUGUAGAAACGCAUAUUUGUGACACCCCUUUUUGGCCAGAAAAUGGUACGCGCCAUUUUCCCUGCCUCACUUCUGCCACAUCGUUUGCUGCUUCACUGUCUGUACAGUGAGACCCGAUUAUACACUCAGAAUGUUUGCAAAUCUCUACUGUAACCAUCCGGGGAUAUAAUGUGAUAUUAUUUCCGUUUACAAGUCGUGUAAUGGUGGUUAUAUAAAAAUGAUACGUGUUUUAAACCGGAGUCGGUCGGUGGGAUUUAAAUGAUGUCCUGUCAUGUCGGCGUCUUCACAGAAGAGCGAAUGAAACAUUAUCUGGACCGCGCGAGUGAAGGACAAAACACGCAUCUUUAUUUCCAUUGACGAGGACGAGCAUCUCGACAUCGAAAUCAAAAUCGAGAUUUAUUUUCAGCGAUAUAUAUACUUAAACAACGAUCUCAAGGACAUAAAUAAGGACAUAAAAUACUACAACUUUAAGAUAUAGUGGAUUGACUGGGAUAAAUGAAAGGCGUCAUCUAAUCUAUGACAAUCAACCUGACGUGAAUUUAUGAUCAUUUACAAUUACUAUACACAUAUAUAUUUAAAAAGAUAAAUAUUAGUUGCCUUUAUUUUUUAAAUGUCUUGUUUUUCAUUGAAGAAAAUUUAGAAAUUUAAGAUCUUUAUAUGUCAUGACACAUUUUCACUUCCGCUCUUGGUAUAGUCUUGGUGCAAACACCUGUAGAUUAUUAUUCAGUUGAAGAUUUAUGAUGUUGGACUCGAAGAUGAAGGACGUGUGUCGCAUCUGUGCAAGGGAGCUGUAUGGUAACCAGCGGCGAUGGAUCUUCCAUCCAACUGCCAAGCUGAGUUUGCAGGUGCUGCUGUCCUACGCGUUGGGCAAGGAGAUGACCCGAGAUGGCCGUGGAGAGUUCGCCUGCAGCAAGUGUGCCUUCAUGCUGGACCGAAUGUACCGCUUCGACACUGUGAUCGCCAGGGUGGAGGCGCUGUCUGUUGAACGAAUGCAGAAGCUCUUGUUGGAGAAAGACAGGCUCAGACAGUGCAUUGGUGGAAUGUACCGCAAAAACAAUGCUGAUGAUUUUGGAGUGGAUGCCGGUGCUUCGGACUCUCCUGUAGUGGACUUCUCCAGGUUGCCUGAAGUUGAAUACAGUGCUCUACUGCAGGAGGAUCUGACAUACUCUGUCUAUGAGUCCUGGGCUGAGCAAGGCACUCAAGAGCAGGUUCAAGACCACCAAUGCCCUUUUCACAAUCAGUGCCAUGCAGCAGCAGAUGCCACUUCAUGUCCCCGACCCAGGAAGUGCAAAGGAUGCGCUGCACUGCGAGUGCCUGAUUCAGAUUAUGAGGCGGUGUGCAAGGUUCCCAGGAAAGUGGGUCGGAGCACUUCCUGCGGGCCCUCAACACGGUACUCCGGUAGUGUUCCGGACAGCGCUGAGGAGACCGUCCCAUCUGCUCCUCCACCAGAACCCGAACCUGUAGAGAACAACCAAACACGCCACCCCAGUGAUCCAGAGCCCGUCGGCAUAAGUCCUGCCUCCUCUGUGGAGUCUUUGGACACUGCUGUCGAUGUCACCCAAGAGUCUCAUCCAAAAGUCCAUCCUAACACCAUGCAGGGAGAGUUUGAAGAGGAACAAUCUACUAUCAGGAGGCCCGACUCCAGGCCUGCUUCUGUGUGUGGAAUUGACAUGGCCCUCAACCUGCUUAAAAGCUUUGAAUAUCACCCUCUCCAGAGUCACAGAGGUAGUCGGAUUCCUGUGCUCCUCAAACCUAACCCUACACCCAUGGAGAGCCCUUACCCUCUGCUUCAGGUGCCUCCCACUGGGAUAGAGUGUCCCCUUUCCCCCCAUCUUCCAGAUGCUCCUUCUAGCAUCCAGCAGGAGCUUCAGCUAGAGUUGGCAGAAUUGGAAGACCUGUGGUUGGAUGAUUACGUUCAGUGCAAGCCAUCAGGGCUUCAGAAGAGGUUGAUUGAGGAGCAGCAGUGUCAGCUGGCGGAGUAUGAAAGCGCAGCGGGUCAGUGUGUGAGUGAGCUGCAGAAGGCCCAACAGCAGGUCCAAUCUCUCCAGACCAAGAUUCGAGAAAGCGAGGCCAGUAAUAAGAAGUUACAACAAAGGCUCGGGGACAUGGAAAGUGAACUACGUUCUGUCAGAGAAGCAGCAUGUGGUCAAGAGAGAACAAUACAGACCUUGAGUGACUCACUCAACACUAAAGACUGUGAGAUUACUGAUCUCCGUCGGCUCAUUGAAGAGCAGAAUGAGCUUCUGCGCUCUCUGAAACAACAGAACAACCAUUACCAGCUUCAGCAGCAGCAGGUGUCUGGAGUGACUCCGAGCCGUCUGCAGGCUGAUCUGUUGGAGCUCCAGGGCUCUCUGUUCUCAGCCCAGCUUGAGCUGCAGGGCCUUCAAAGAGCACAGCAGCAGGGCCAGAGGCGAGAAGACGACCUGGCCCGUGGAAACCAGCGUCUCCAGGCUGACCUGCAGGGAGCCCUGCAGCACCACCAGGAGGCAGAAAGACACAACCAGGAUCUACUGGCUGCUCUAGAGAGGGCUCGCUUUGAUGUACAGCAAAUGGAGGACAAAUGGAGAGAUGAAGGAAGACAGAGAGAGAAAGAAGUUGAGGAAAGAGAGAAGACCAUCCGAGAACUAAAGACUUCACUAGAGCACAAAGAACAACUAAUACAAGACUACAGAGAGAUGGUGGAUGGUCAGAAAGAGCCUGCCGGAAAUAAAGACAACCUCAUCUUCAAGCUCAAACAACGCAUUCAGGAAAGAGACAGAGCAUUGGAGCGAGCUGUAGACGAGAAGUUCACGUGCAUGGAACAGAAGGAAGACGAGGUGCGUAAACUUCAACUGCUACUGAGAGAGAAAGAGAGAGACCUGGAGAAACUUCGAUGUGUGCUUUCCAACAACGAGGAAACCAUCACGAGCCUGGAGUUGUUGUUGCGUGGCAAAGGUUUAGAGCUGGAGCAGGUGUGUGAGGCCUGGCGCAAUGCUCAGGGUGUUCAGCGUGAGAGAGAGGAGUCACACAUGCGCAGCCUGAGAGAAAGAGACACUUUAAUCAGCCAGCUGCGGACAUCGCUGCACACACGCACCAAAGAGGCGGAGGAUAUGACUGUAGUUCUGCUCAGCAAGAUGCCAGUCGGGUCAAGUGAGGUGGCUGAGGAGCUGAAGUCUCGGCUGCAGCUGAAGGAGCGCUUGUUCCAGGAGCUUCUGUCGGACCGCACCAAACAGACUCAAGAGCAUUACUCACAGGUCCAAGACCUGCUAAACACCAUCAACUCAAGAGAGCAGUACAUAAAGGAUUCUGCAGGGCGUGUGGGUCAGUUAAUGGCUGAACAGACUGCUCGAUUGCAGGAGCUACGCAGGCAACUUGGGUCGGCAAACCCUCAGUUAACCGAAGUCGACAAGCAGGCGCUUCAGGAUGAGCUCCAGUUGACCCUGCGCAGAGAAAGAGAGUCCCAGAACCAGCUUACAGUCUUGCGCUCCACCCUGGCGGCCCAUCAAGACCAGCUCCAGGCCCAGGCCUCAGAUCUGGAGGCCUUAAGCAGGACUGUGAGCAUCAAAGAGGAAAUCAUCAAGGAUCUGCAGAUGCAGUUGGUGGAGCCAUCAGGUUUACCACUGGUGGAGCGCUUGACCCAAGAGCUGCAGCUGCUGAGAGAGAAAGUGGAACAUCAGGAUGCCACCUGCAUUAAUCACAAGCAGGCUGUUUUGGAUCCACUGGUGUCCAUGGAAACAGGACAUGCUGAUUUUGGAGGUUUCACAUCAGAUGAUGAAGACUGCAAUAGUGAGUUUGCUGACAGUGCCGAAGACGAGGAGUGCUCCAAACUGACUGCUCAGUCUCUGCUCAGCAUACAGAGCUGCGAUCAGCAUAGCGGUCUUAAAGGCUGCCAGGAUGCAGUAGCUGAGGGCCCGGGCCUGACAGAGGUCAAGCUACUGGUGGAGCAGAAGAGGGCAGUAGAGAGAGAACUGAUGGAGCUCAAGUCCCAGCUGGAAAAGGCUGGUUUCUCCUCUCUCUCUCAGAUGAGGAAAGCUUUCUUCAAUUUACGCUCUGAAAAUGAAGAGCUCAAGAGUAUGGUGACAGGAAGAAAGCCUCAGAAUGAUGGACGGAAGAACACAUCAGAUAGGUCCGAUGGACAACUAGUGGAUGCAUUUGGUACAGAGCCUAAUGAAAAAGAUUCGGUGCGUCUGAAGUCUGACCUUGAGCAGGUCCAGCAGGAGAGCAGAGAGCUUCAGGAGAGACUCAUGGUGUCAGAGGCCACAGUUCAAGCUCAAGCUGAACAACUCAAAGAUUACAGAGAACUGCUCACGGAAACAUCAGUACAGCAGGACAAUAAGCAGGUCCAGGUGGACAUCCAGGAUCUGGGUUAUGAAACAUGUGGCCGCAGUGAGAAUGAGGCAGAGAGAGAAGACACCAGCAGCCCAGAGUUUGAUGAUCUGGAGCUGUGCACAUCUCUCUCCUAUCGUGAUGGCAGCUCUCAGUGGUGGGGUGGUCCCAGCUCACUGAACUCUGGAAAGACUGAACAUGAUGUGACGUACCUGCAGCAGCUGGUAGAGGACAUGCGCGGUCAGCUCUCCCAGUCUCAGGCUCUGAUCCGUAGCUUGCAGGCCCAGACGCGUGAUCAAACUCCAGUCAGCACUCCUCGUAAGGUCAACUGGGGCUUGGAUAACUCGGAGGCACAGAGUACAGCUGAGGAGGACGAGGGCUGGCAGUCGUCUGACGGCUUCGGUUCUCUCCCCCGCCAGCCAAAGCAAGACCGAGAGCUACAGGAGCUCGUCUCCCGUGUGACAUCUCUGGAGGAGCAGCUCAGGAAGGGCAAAGGUCACGCAGAAGAUGGCAAGGCUGUAAACUGGCCGGGUAAGUUUGACACGCUGAUCCAAGCGCAGGCCCGUGAGCUGUCUCACCUGCGUCAGAGGAUGCGGGAGGGCCGUGGCGUGUGCCAUAUUCUGACUCAGCACCUGGGAGACACCACCAAGACUUUUGAAGAGUUGCUGCGCUCCAAUGACAUUGAUUACUACAUGGGACAGAGCUUCAGAGACCAGCUCUCUCAGAGCAUCUCCCUCGCCCAGAGAGUCAGCACCAAGAUCAGCGGCCGGGAUCACUCUGAAGUCCCAGAUGAUAAAUCAGGCCAUGAGCUGCUCGCAAUACGGCUGAGUAAGGAGCUACAACAAAAAGACAAACUCAUCGAGUCCCUACGCUCCAAACUUGACCAGCAACAACCACGAUCGGAUACACCUACUAGCAGCCAUGCCCUCUCUGUGGCCACAGACCAAUCAGACAGGACCUCUUUUGUGUCAGAUGACCACGGCUCAACCAAUGAGGAUCUAGAGCUGUGCUCCGAACUAGAUGCUGCCAGUGAAUAUGGCCAAGAGGAGGCAGCAAGAAGUGCCACAGAUUCACACAAUCAUAGAGGCUCAGCCUCAUUACAUCCAUCCAAUCCUCCAUCUAUUACUUCCUCUCACAGCCACCAGUCUUCCAACACCUGUCCCAGCAUGCACUGCACACCACACAGGCCAAUGGAAACCCAGGCCCAGACAGGCCUCUCUACUGUACCUCUGUCCAGCUCCAUUUCUUUCUCCACCUCCCUCCACUGUCCUCAAAUGUCCUCACCAUCUGUGUUUGACCCUCAAACUCGUCCCUUGAGAUCCCGUCACCCUUAUGGUGGGGGAUUCUCACUGGCAGAGGUUCACCAAGAGCUUCAAAUGCUCCAGAAACAGCUUGGAAACAGCUACCAUGGUCCUCAGAUCAAACCCCUUCCUGCAUUUCCACUGGGCUCCCAUGCUCAGCUUGACCAUAGCAGUUUACACCCACUAUCCCAUCAUGCCUUUGAACAGUCACCUGUCAGCAGCAGGCACACCAGUCCUGCUAUGAAAUCAGGGUCAAGCCUUCUGGAGAGCAGUGCAAUGUGGGAUAUGAUGUACGGCCCAAGACCUUUAAGACCAGGCGUUUAUGGAGACGUGUCCUCUGGUUCUUCAGGAUAUCAGUCAGGCCAUACAGGUCCAGACUUGAUGGAAGAGCACCUUAGGGAAAUUCGCACUCUCCGACGGCGUCUAGAAGAUUCUAUCCAGACCAAUGACCGUCUGAGACAACAGCUGGAGGAGAGACUGGCCUCCUCUGUGCGAAAUGGAGGAGGAGGAGCACCCACUAACAUCUAUAUCCAAGGCCUUGAUUCUGUCAGUCAGCUGUCCAAUGAGAUUCGAUUGCUGAAAGAGGAAAAUCACGCCCUGCAGAACCAACUCCAACAGGCCAGGACAGAUGGCAGUAAAGAGAUGGAGCGGCUGAGAGAGGUGGUUCUGUCUGGGCGUGGCCAGUUAAAGCAGGCGGAGCUAGAGGCGGGCAGGUGGGCAGAUCAAUGCAGGCAGCUGCAAGCUCAGAUUAGAGAGCAGGCUCAGGCAGUACUACACCUCAAACAAGACAAACAGAACAGCCUGGACAACAGCACCAGGCUACAGCAUGAAGUGAGUGUUCUCCAGCAGCAGUUGAGUGAGUGUCAGUGUCUAGUGCACGCACUGCAGUGUGAACUACAGGUGUAUCAGAGAGUCUGUGGCACUACUGAGGGCAACACAGGGUCAGGAUUGAAUUUGACCUUUGACCUACAUGAGCGAGAGUCUAAAAUACCUUUGUUGGAGCAGCAGUUGAGAGAGAGGCUGGACCAGUGUAUGCCUCGCCUCUCAGCCAGAAAACAGCUAUUCCACGACCAAUCACCAUCUCCCCCUGUUCGAGAUACAGGGUUCUCAAGCCCUGCUUCACCAGCUGUGGAACCAGAUGACCCAAAGUCUUCUGCUAGUGACUCGCCAAAGUCUGCUGCUGAAGAACUGGAAGCUGAGGUCCCUGACGGCUCCUUCGCCUGCAGGACGGGGCGUCAUAUGAUUGGUCAUGUAGAUGACUUCUGUGCCCUUCAGCAGCAGCUACUGGAGGGGAAGGUGGUUAUCUGCAAAAUGGAGGUGGCACUGCAGUCCAGCACAGAAUCGCAUGACCUACCAGAGGGUUAUGUGAGGAACUUGCAUGCCAGCACAAAGACACUGAAGCAGAUUCUGGAGGAGACGAGCUCUCUCUUAAGAAUGUUCUGGAGGGCGGCUCUGCCCAGCACUGACGCCUCGGCCCAGCAGCUUAAAAAGGAGCAGUCUUUGAGAAAAGAGGUUGUCACACUGAGGCGCAAGUUGUCAGAGCAAGAGCAGCUUCUCAGGGACACAAUGGAGAAUCUAAGGACCUCCAGUCGCACUAAAGACAACAUGGAGCAAUUCAUUGUCAAUCAACUGUCAAGAACGCGGGAUGUGUUGAAACAGGCUCGCUCAAAUCUAGAGAAGAAUGAACUCAAGAUUGCCUCUCUAGGCUGUACCCCUCUCCCUUCAUCCUUCUAUUCGGUCCCAUCCACUCCUUCUUGGUCUGAUAGAGGUGAGGUCUCAACAGCCUCCCUCAAAUACGCCUCCUCUCUUGGUUGGAAUUUCGUGACCCCUCAUGCUCAGGAUCAGCACAAAGUGAUGACUGCCUCAUGGCCGGCACAGGGGAGUGACAGACAGCGCCUCCUACAGGUGUCCUGCAGAACAGACUCCAGACUGAGUGCUGCUAUCUCUCCCUGUCUCUGAGUGAAUCAGUGUCAUAUUAUUUCACCAUAAAAUGCAUUAGAUGUACUGGAUUAUGUGUAGAUGUGUUAUUCAGUUUUAUUUGCUACAUAAGAACCACCAAAAAGCUCUCAAAGUUGCUUUUAGUAUUAUAGACAUUUGGAUUGGCAAUCCAUGUCUUUAAUCAAAGUAACAUCUUUAUGUUUGGUGUUAGGGUUUAUAUUGAACCAGCAACACAAUUAAUGUGCAAUUAUGAUACUACUGUGCUGCCAGCCAGACCUGCUACACUGUAAAUGAAAGUCACCCCAGGGACGAGCUGAAGAGCGAUGGUGCAAUAAUCUUUCAGUCAGCCUGCUACUGUAGUCUUGAAAUUGGAAUAUCCAAAUACAAGAUCUGUUUGUUUGUUCUCUGUUAUUGCCAAAAUUUUAGUCUGUUGCUUUUGAUGAACUAACCUAAUGUACAUUUUUUUCCUUUUUAUUUUUUACUGACCAUCUUUUUUUUUUUCUUUUUUCUUUUUUUUUGACCUUUUUUCCUGUUUUAUAUAAAUUCUCGUACUGGAGAUUAUUGAUACUUUUUUUAAAUCACUUUUUGGUUUUUGGUCCAAAACAAAAAAAAAAAGUGUUUUAUAUUCCUAUUUGCUGUAUCAGCUUUUCUUGAUGGACCAUUUUGCAUUUGUUUUUUGUUUUGUUUUCAUUUAUUUGGUUUGUUUUUAUUUUUCUUUUGUUUUCAGUUAUUUGGUUUGUUUAUUUUUCUUUUGUUUUGUUAUUUUGUUUGUUUUUGUUUACUUUUUUGUUUGUUUGCUUUUUUUGUUUUAGAUUUGCUAUGUCUGUAAAUUGUUUCCCUUGAGAUCAAAAAUACUAAAGUAAAAUAUUACCUCAAGUUAAUAAGUUAACAUUACAGAGUUAAAUUAUUAUUGUGUUAGACACUGCAGACAAUUUUGCAAAUUGUACAUUAUGAGAGGCUGGUCAUAACGCUACAAAACAUGUGCAUAGCUUUAUUGCUCUAUCUGUAUGUGGAUUUGAAAGAAAGCCUGUUGCUCUUGCAUGAACCACCUAACUUUACGCUUCGCAGUAUUUCAGUAUUCCACAACAGUGCGAGAAGUCCUGGGGUUUCUGCUCUAUAUGUCAACUGAACUGGUGCCAUUUUGUUUGUUCUGUAUAUUAUGCGUUUAUGAGAGUCCGGAUUACUUCUGUCAAUACAUCAGGCAUGGACACGUUAUGAUGAAUUCCUGAGACAAAGGAGAGCCAUGGGUCAUUUCAGUUCAACCUGCACUCAUUGUUUUAUGACAAUCAAAUAUUUCUCAGAGGAUUGUAAUUUUGGACUGUCAGUUGUUUAAAAUAAUGGUAGCAAUGCAAUUUGAUUUUAAAUUUCCCUUUGUAAAUUAAUGUACAUUGAGUGAGGAUUGUUAAAGAGAGUAAAAUGCAUGUGUAUUUCAGGGAAAAGUGUGUGGAGGAAACUCUCAAAACCAAAAGGGACAUUUUAAUAAAAAGGGAAUCAUA